AUGCUCUACCUCAAUUGCGUGUGUAACGAAGUGCUUCGACUCUUCCCCACGAUUCCUAUAAUCAUGCGCGUCGCUAUCCGCGACACAACGGUUGAAGGGCAUCAUAUCCCGGUUGGAACCACAAUUUAUAUUGUUCCAUGCCAGGAAUUUGUGCCUGAAUGUUGGAUCCACAAGGAAACUGGACGCCCGACCAUGAGGGGUGGAGCAGAGAGCAACUAUAGUUUUCUGACAUUUUCGCACGGACCCAAGAAGUUGUAUUGUUGGCGGGCCCGCUGGAAAAAAGUUGUUGCAGGUGGGACGAUUACGAGUAAGCCGGUAAAUGGGAUGAGGCUGAAGCUUCAGCCAGUGGAAUGGGGCUCUGGAUAG